AGCCCUAAUGGGUUUUCUCUCCUCCUUCACAUGAGCAAGAGGAAGAAGAAAUCCGAGCAGUGCGAGGCAAUGGAUGCGUCCUCUUCGAUCGCGAGGCAGAGCUGGGAGCUGGAGAACAACAUCGUCCCCAUGGAGCACGCCGCGUCCGGGUCUUCGUCGCCUUCGCGCCUAGGUACGUCCUCUUCGGCCCCGGCGGCCGCGGCGGUGGAUAGCUGCGAUAGCAUCUACGCCUACGACGAGGCGGCGCAGAGCGCGAUCCAGCAGCAAAAGCCCUGGACUCGCGAUCCUCACUACUUCAAGAACGUCAAGAUCUCGGCCCUGGCGCUGCUCAAGAUGGUUGUCCACGCCAGGUCUGGAGGUACCUUGGAGGUGAUGGGAAUCAUGCAAGGCAAGAUCGAGGGUGAUACUUUCAUCGUCAUGGACGCCUUUGCUCUUCCCGUGGAGGGAACCGAGACGAGGGUGAAUGCCCAGGCCGAUGCUUACGAGUACAUGGUGGAUUACGUACAGACCAACAAGCAGAUUGGGAGACUGGAGAAUGUUGUUGGCUGGUACCACUCGCAUCCUGGCUAUGGCUGCUGGCUCUCUGGCAUUGAUGUCACCACGCAAGUUCUCAACCAGCAGUACCAGGAGCCGUUCCUGGCUGUUGUCAUCGAUCCCACCAGGACUGUCUCGGCUGGUAAAGUGGAGAUUGGUGCGUUUAGGACUUAUCCUCAGGGAUACAAGCCUCCGGACGAGCCGGCGUCCGAGUACCAGACCAUUCCUCUGAACAAGAUCGAGGAUUUCGGCGUCCACUGCAAACAGUACUACCCUCUGGACAUCACGUAUUUCAAGUCUUCAUUGGACUCACACUUGCUGGACUUGCUGUGGAACAAAUACUGGCUGAACACUCUCUCGUCGUCGCCACUUUUGGGCAGUCGAGACUAUGUGGCCGGACAGAUCUCUGACCUUGCGGAGAAGCUAGAGCAGACUGAAACGCAACUGGCUCACUCUGGUCGAAUGGGAGGCUUCUUCAUGCCUUCACAGAAAAAGAAAGAGGUGAGUUUGUUCGUCGAGACUAAGAAGAGACUAGAAUCGACAAUCUAUGUGUGCUUUUACCAGGAGGAAUCCCAGCUCGCCAAGAUCACCAAGGACAGCUCGAAGAUCACCGUCGAGCAAGUUCACGGGUUGAUGUCUCAGGUGAUCAAGGACAUCUUGUUUAACUCGGUGACACCAGUGGCGACGGCGCCGUCGUUCGACUCGUCUGGCCCGGAGCCAAUGGCCGAAGCUUGAUCCAUAUGUUUUCUCUUUUUUUGAAUUUUCGAAUAUGCGAAAAAUAUCCUUUUAGUCUUUUACCCAUUUCAUAGAGCAUACUUUUAGGGCUUCGGGGAGUAGACCCAGGAGGAUCAUCCGGAAGAAAAACCAUGUCCACCUCGUAUGCGGACCUCCGCAAGAUGAACAAGGCAGUCAAGUUUGCGCUGCCGAGGAUCUACGGCGUGGGCAGGAGGAAAGCCGCGGAGAUCUGCGCGGUGUUUGGCAUCGGUGACGAUGUCAAGAUGAACAGCGUCCCGGACGAGCUCUUCAACCGGAUGAUGAACUACAUCCACGAGAACCACUUGGUGGAGAAGGAGCUGGCGCUGUCCGUCCAGAUGGAUAUCAAGCGGCUCAUUAGCAUCGGCUCGUACCGCGGCUACCGCCACACGGUGGGCUUGCCGCUCCGGGGCCAGCGCACGCACACAAACGCCAUGUCCGCGCGGAUCACCGAGCUCGAGAAGCUCAAGAAGAUCUUGAGAUGAAACGAAAGUUUUUUUUUUU